UCUGUCCGACAGUGAGAUAAAGACGUGAACAUGUCCAAUUUCCCUAAAAGCACUUGAGCGCCUUCCGUCAGACGUGUGAAUAUGAAGUACCAGUUUUCUGAGAAUAAGAGGGGGUACUGAUGCUGCGCUAACCGCCCGGUGAAACUUCCUCAUUUCAGCUCAGUUAUAUGUUUGAGGUUUGCUUCUGUUUUCUACUUCUGAACCUGAUCUUGCGGAUUCAGUUGAGACCAAACGUGACGAGGCCAAAGAUGCGGCGCCUCCUCUCUCUCGCCGCUCUCCUUCUGUCCAUUGAUCCCACAGAGGCGGAAGUGGUGGAUGAUCUGGCUAAGUGUUCUGAUUUUUUUCUUUUCGGAACUCCACCAGAGAUCCAAGGAAUCCUGGAGGAUGGGAAAAUCCUGGCCCAGAACAGAUACAAGCCAAUUUGCCAGACUUUGGACGACAUGCGGACGUUUGUGACGCUUUACGAUACUGCCAACAAGAUUCCAGUGUUUUCUGCUUACAGGUACCACAGGACAGACCCUAACAUCUGUAGACCCAAGUUGAAAAACAACCCGAGGAAUAAAAAAAAGAGGAAUUACCAGUGGAAAAUAGAACCACAGUUGGAGGACAUAAAGAACAAUAUCAACAUGAAGCCAUCACAUCACACCAUGAGACACCAGGCUGGGAAUUCGAACUACAGUGGCUGUGGUAACCUGGGCUACAGCAGAGGACAUUUAUUACCAAGCUCUUAUGGUAAAACUAAACAUGAGAAAAUGUCUACCUUUACCCUGACCAACAUUGUUCCUCAAAGGGAAAAAUUCAAUCAGGGAAGCUGGCAAAAAAUGGAGGAAUGCGUCAAAUGUCUCUUGGACGAAUACUGCAUCGACAAUAAUGGUCAAACGGAAGGUUAUGUGGUAAUCGGAGCACAGCCCGGUGACACACACCUGAAUGAUGCGGUUAAUAUUCCAUCCAUUCUCUGGUCAGCAUUCUGUUGCUACAGUCACAGUCGGGAGAAGUGGUUAGAAAGUGCAUAUUGGGGUAAAAACAGAGAUGAUAACGAUCCUUAUCUCCAGAUGAAGACUUUGGCGCAGCUCCAUGAUGAACUGGGAACCAUUGCAUUUCCUCAAGUCCAGUGUCGCAACACAACAGAGACCUUCCAGAACCUUCCAUCACUGCACUGUAAACCUCUUCAGCCUCUCUGAGAAGUUUGUCUUUGUCUUCUAGUGCUACUAGUGCUCAGCCAGAUACCAUUUUCCCAAAUUCCUCCAUCCUUUGUCCUCGUCCUGCACAGGUUAUUAUUGACUAUUACCAGAGUGCAAUAGUCUAUCAAGUAAUACUGUUACUAAUAGUUAAAAAAAUGUUGUCUUUCUACUAACAACCACUGGAAAUAAAAUGUUAUGCUGAAAAGCUGUGACACGUUCACUUUUGAACACAGUGACGUUUGGCAGAAAUUUAAUACUCGUAUAUGUAUGUAUGAAUAAUGAAUUUGAAUAACACAUUUAAAAAAUAAAAUCAUUGGGGUUUCAAGACCAGCUAGAGCAGUGGUUGUCAAACUUUUUAUAUCAAGUACCAGCUGAGAAAAUAUUGAUCUCUCUCAGUAACUCCAUUAUCACCAACGUUAACAUACAGUGAUAUAAAUCGUCAUCCUGUUCCUCACACAUACUUCACACAAGAAGUAUAGUUGAAUUAGAUUGAAUUAGAGAGAUACGGUUACUCUAAUUACUAUUACUUAAAGUAUUAUUAUUAUUUGUUAUUUGUUUAAUUGUCAACGCACUCCAGUCAA